CAUGAACUCUAAACGAAUGGGACAAAUGUCUCAUGGAGCAAGAGACGAGGAUGCUGUACCUGCUCGAUAUACAAUAUUUGAAAAAAAUGAAAAACGUCUGCUCAUUAUACUAUUAGGAUUUGCGACCAUCACAUCGCCUCUCACCGCUACCAUCUAUUUCCCCCUCCUUCCCCUCCUGAGGGAACACUUCCAUACCACUGCACAGGCCAUCAACCUCACCCUUACCAUCUACAUCGUCUUCCAAGCCAUCUCACCGGCGAUAUUCGGGCCUCUUUCUGAUUCAGUGGGACGCAGACCCGCUUACCUGGUGACCUUGUCGUUGUACAUGGCUGCAAACCUGGGCCUUGCACUCAAUAAGAAUCACUAUGGGGUCCUCCUCGGACUACGAGCCAUACAGAGCUUGGGUGCGAGUGCAGCGUACGCUGUCAGUUUCGGCGUCGUUGCUGAUGUCUGUGUGGCGAGUGAAAGGGGCAGGAUGCUGGGUCCAGUUAGCAUGGCGUUGAACUUGGGAGCAUGUGUUGGCCCCGUCGUUGGUGGAUGGGUUGCAUAUGCCAGUGGAAACUUUGAAUGGAUAUUUUGGGCGUUGGUUAUCGCUGGUGGCUUACUUCUCUUCCUCAUCGGUGGCUUCCUACCAGAGACGGCUCGGGCACUUGUGGGCAAUGGUGAGGGAAAAGCAGACCUCAGAUUGUGGCAUCUUCCAUGGAUCAGUGUGGCCCAGCGGGCGAUUUCGCAGGCAUCCAGCAAGGCUGCCGACCACCAACAACGCAAGACCGAAAAGUACACAAAUUGCAUGAGUACAACCAACCACCAGGAAUCUGCUCAGAGACCGAAGUCAUCGACAAGGCUAUUGCGCAUUGGGAACCCGCUUGCAUGUCUGAGGAUCAUCUUCUACCUCGACACCUUCUGCGUCCUCUGGAUGCAUGGUUCGUUCUACACGGUUGACUACUCCCUGGUCGCUGCAAUACCGGAUAUAUACAAGCAGAUAUACCACUUCAACGAAUUGCAAGUUGGGCUCACCUACUUGCCGCGCGGCGUUGGCAUAAUCGUUGGGGGUUAUUGCAUUGGCAAGGUAAUGGAUCAUAACUACAAAGCAACAGCCCAAAGGAUCAACUGGCAGAUAGAUGCCGUCUCCGGUGACAAUCUGAAAGACUUUCCAAUUGAACGAGCAAGAGCACGUGGGAGCCGUUGGCUGUUGCUCGUAUCGACCAUCGGCCUUGUCGGUUAUGGAUGGGCUGUGCACUAUCGUGUCCAUGUAUCAGUCUUGCUCGUUUUGCAGUUCAUGCAAGGGUUCUGGGGCACGUAUUUCUACACUGUGUAUAGUACUUUGUUGGUCGAUGGCUUUCCACAAAGCCCAAGUACGGCAGCUGCAGCGGCAAGCAUCACCAGGUGCGCUAUGGCAGCCGCAGGGGUUGCAGUUCUGCAACCUUUACUCGAUGCCACAGGGCGAGGAUGGUACUUCACCGUCUUGGGUCUAUGGAGCGGAGGCUUUGGUGUUGUGGCCUUGUGGUUCAUAGAACACAAAGCAAUGACUUGGAGGCGGCGGCGAACAGAGAGACAUCAAGUCGAGGGAGAAACGUCUGGGUAGUCUAGGUAUCAAAAUAGGAAAGCAAGUCAUAUACAAAGGGGCAUCAUCGCU